GAGGCAUCCCGCGAACUGUUUAUUCAAUUUUUAAAAUCGUACAACAGUUUCGAAUGUGUGUUACUUCUUCUCGAAGGCAGACACACAAACAUAGCUAGAUGCAUGUUACGAUAAUGUUUUAUGUGUCGGCGUGAAAGUGUGACAGAUCUUAAUUUUAUCUGGAAAUACCGUUUCUGAUACUGAUCAACUAUAGCUAGCAGCCCUUAGCCAGCUGUUUGCUGCGGUUAACAAUACGGGUCGAGCAUGAGCGAGGGAGAGGUUUUCCAUGAGAAGCAGAGGCUAGAGUUGUGUGCCAUUCAUGCUCUCAACAACGUGCUCCAGGAGAGAGUAUUCACCAAAGAAACAGCGGACGACAUCUGCAAGCGCCUGGCUCCACAGUGUGUAGUGAAUCCCCAUCGCUCCUUGUUGGGCACAGGGAACUACGAUGUCAAUGUCAUCAUGGCUGCGUUGCAGAGCCGAGGACUGGCCGCUGUGUGGUGGGACAAACGCAGGUCGGUGCAGUGUCUGUGUGUGGAGAAAGUCCAGGGUUUCAUCCUGAACGUUCCCUCGCGGGUGUCACUGGGAAUCGUGUCCCUCCCCCUCCGCCGGAGACACUGGCUUGCAGUGCGACAGGUCAGCGGAUCCUACUACAACCUCGACUCUAAGCUUAAGAAUCCCGUCUGCAUUGGAGGCGAAGGAGAGCUCCGCACCUUUCUCAGCGAGCAACUCUCUCAGGAUGUAUCAGAAAUGCUCCUCGUUGUCCAAAGGGAAGUGGAAGAAGAUGGGACCUGGCUGAACUCUGAAGACCACAAGAAGUGAUCGUCGGGGGACAGGAAGUCCCUUCAUUCAGGAUAGAACUGUUAUUCGACUUGUGCAAAAUAGCAUUUAAAAAUCAAAAAAAGCUUUACGAAGGAACUUCCUCAGGAGGGAAAACGUAGAUGGUGAAGGAUGAGGGCCACACACAUAAAUAUGCAGGAAUCCCCUCUGAAUUAGAGAUCAGGAGGCAAGUUAAAGGAAUGGUUAGACUUUAGCCUGACAGAUUGUGCAGUAGUGUUUUCACUGCAGUUGUAUUGACUGCUCUUUCUGUCUUAGUCUUUCUUUGUGUGUAUCUAUGCAGAGCACUGUUACAGUACACGUGAUGGAAUCGAUCUUUUAAUUCAUCUAUGCACAAAAGAGGUACAAUACAGGCAUAGGGUGGCGUUUGAGUCAGUAUCUGUCUGUCUAUGUUAUCUGUUUGUUUGUCUCUAUCCAUGAAACUAUGCAUACUGCAUCCGAUUUAGAGCUGUUACUCUCUCUCAAAACACUUACCAUUAC